CUCACCCCCACUCAUCAGUGACUCUUGCUUCGAUUUGUCACACGAUCGCCUCCCUUUUAUGUUCCGUAUCAGGGUAUCACAUGAAAACCAAAUCUGUUAAGCAUGUCCUUUCUUCAGAUCUCCAUUCCGAAACCCCCCUUCUUCUUCACGACCAAGCCUCCAAAACAGUAUACAACGACAUGUUGUCCCAAGGAUCCUUCAAUUGUACCCACACCCGCUGGAAAGUUCAUUUCUUGGAGACGGUCCCAUUCAAGAAUCACUCUUUGUGCAGUAGCAGGAGGAAAUGACGAUCGAAGCACAGAUUAUGUGACGAAAGAGAACAGUGUUUCGGUGAUUUUUCUUGCAGGAGGGAUGGGCAAAAGAAUGGGCGUGAGCAUGCCAAAGCAGUACAUUCCACUUUUAGGCCAACCAAUUGCAUUGUACAGUUUCUACACCUUCUCCCAGUUGCCUCAAGUGAAAGAGAUUGUUGUGGUUUGUGAUCCAUCUUAUAAGGAUGUAUUUGAAGAUGCCAGAGAAAAGAUCAAAACUAAAUUGAAAUAUGCAUUGCCUGGAAAGGAGAGGCAAGAUUCUGUAUAUAGUGGAUUUCAGGCUGUUGAUGUGAACUCUGAACUCAUUUGCAUCCAUGACUCUGCAAGACCUCUAGUACUCGCAGAAGAUAUCAAGAAGGUUUUAAAGGAUGGUUUGCUUGUAGGGGCAGCUGUUCUUGGAGUUCCGGCUAAAGCAACAAUCAAAGAGAUGCUUGAAUUUCCUCGGCAAUGGCUGUGCAGGCAAAUGAUGAAUCGUUUGUUGUGAGAACUCUUAACCGCAAGACCCUAUGGGAAAUGCAAACCCCACAGGUCAUCAAGCCGGAGUUGCUCAAGAAAGGGUUUGAGCUUAUCAAUAGGGAAGGUCUCGAAGUGACGGAUGAUGUAUCAAUUGUUGAGCUCCUUAAACAUCCAGUCUAUAUCACUAAAGGCUCUUACACUAAUAUCAAGGUUACCACACCUGAUGAUUUGUUGCUAGCUGAGAGAAUAUUGCACACUUCAACUUCGCAAAACUGAUUUUUCUUGUUGUACUAUCCAAUAUUGUACAUGAUUUUAUUCAGAACUGUUUGGUGUACAUGUUUUUUUGUACACGCUCCAUACAUUUUGUCGGUAUCACAAACAUUUAGUACAAUUUUUUUGACAACUUCUGCAUUUUUAGACGAAUUGCCUUGAUCCCAACAAAAUGUAUGGGGCAACCCCAUGCACUCCCCCACUUCUCCAGCUCUUUUGAAAUUCUCCAAAUGAUGUUAACACUAAUAGAUUUUAA